CUGAUGGAGAACAGCACAGAAGUGACACAGUUCAUCCUCAUGGGACUCACCAAUGCCCCAGGCUUGCAGUUUCCCCUUUUCAUCACCUUUCUCCUCAUCUAUAUCACCACCUUGGUGGGGAACCUGGGGAUGUUCCUGUUGAUUUUCUUUGACUCUCGACUCCACACCCCCAUGUACUUUUUCCUAGGUAACCUGUCACUUGUGGACUUUUGCUACUCUUCAGCUGUCACUCCCACGGUCAUGGCUGGGUUUUUCUUAAGAGAAAAGGUCAUCUCCUACAAAGCUUGUGCUGCUCAGAUUUUCUUUUUUGGAUCCUUUGGUACUGUGGAGAAUUUCCUGUUGGCCUCAAUGGCCUAUGAUCGAUAUGCAGCAGUGUGUAAGCCCCUACACUAUGCCACCACCAUGACUACAAAUGUGUGUGCAUGGCUGGUCACAAGUUGCUAUGUCUAUGGCUUCCUGAAUGGCUCCAUCUACACUGAAGACACAUUCAGGCUCUCCUUCUGUGGAUCCAAUGUGGUUCAUCACUUUUUCUGUGACGUUCCAGCUGUCAUGGUUCUUUCUUGCUCUGAUAGACAUGCUAAUGAGCUUAUUCUUAUCGACUUAGCCAGGUUCAAUAUCUUCCUUGCUCUUGUGGUUAUCAUAAUAUCAUACACAUUCAUUUUUAUCACCAUCCUAAAGAUGCACUCAGGUAGAGGAUAUCACAAGGCUAUAUCCACCUGUGCCUCCCACUUCACUUCAGUCUCUAUUUUCUAUGGGACUCUUAUCUUCAUGUACUUACAGCCCAGCUCCAGUCAUGCUAUGGAUAAUGACAAAAUUGCAUCUGUCUUUUACACUAUGGUCAUCCCUAUGUUGAACCCUCUGGUCUACACCCUAAGGAACAAGGAGGUCAUGAAUGCAUUCAGAAGGAUGGUUUUCGAAACCAAAUAA